AUGCGCGCCAUCGCUCACGCUCGCGCCGUCGUUCCCACCACGGGCGCACAGCGAUCCUCCCCGCGCGCGCGCGUCGCCACAACGCCGCGUCGCGCCGGACGCACGUCCGUGACGUCGUCUCCGCCCCGCACUGGAAACCUCGGCGUCCCGGUCGCCGCGCGCGCUGCACCACUCAAGUCUCGACGCGCCAUCGUCGUGCUCAACGCCGCCGCGGACGUCCCAUCGUCAUCGUCCACCGACGCUAAGGGUGCGGUCUCCGUCGGCGCGCUCGUCCUCGCCCUGGGCGUGGCCAUGUUGCUCGCAAGCGCAGAUCGCACGAUAUUCGCCGCGGCGGCGUUGGGGAUUAAAUCCGAACUCGGUAUGUCGAUGCGGGACGUAGCGACGGCGCAGAGUGCUUUUUUAUGGGGAUACGGCGUGACGCAGCUCGCGGCGGGAGCGGCGAGCGAUCGAUUCGGAGGCGCGCGGACGUUGCUCGGCGGGUUGUUCGCGUGGUCGCUGGCCAUUGCGGCGACACCGCUGAGCGCGAUGGCGAGCGCGCCGACGACAGCGCUGGCGGUGAGCCGGUUCAUGUUUGGUGCGGCGAGUGGGUGCGCGUUGCCAGCGUCGGCGGCAGCGGUUGCGGCGCACGUGCCGCCGGAACGGAGGAGCGGCGCGUUAUCGGCAAUUUUCGCAAUGUUCAACUGCGGGUCAGCGUUCGGUUUGGCCGCCGCUGGAGGACUCAUCGCGACCUUCGGGUGGAAGAUGAUUUUUUACGGCUUCGGUGUAGUCGGCGCGGUGUGGGCGAUUGGCGCUUGGGCGGCCAUGCCAGAGAGCGUGAAGACGUGGCGAGCGCCGGAAUCGAGCAAAAAGGACAUCGUCGUCGACGAAAAUGGCGAGGAAAUGACGGAUCUCAGCCCCGAGAUCGUGACGCAGUUGCUGGCCCUGUUGUGGUGUCACGUCGUCGUGAACUGGGGGUUCAUGAUUUUACAGUCUUGGCUUCCUAUUUAUCUCGCGAAUGAUUUGGGAAUGUCCAUCUCUAGUAGCGGCGUCAUCGGCGCACUUCCAUGGCUCUUCACGGCUUUCAUGUCCUUCAGUAGCGGUCAGGUGGCCGAUAAGUUGAUAGCUCGCGGCAUGGAACGAUGGAAGGUCCGUCGCUUGGCCAUGAACGUCGCCACGAUCGGUCCCGCGCUCGGUUUGUUUGCGUUGAAGUUCACGAGCACGCCCGCGGUGGCCCUCGCUUGCAUCAUCGCCACGACGGGGUUACAGGCUUGUUCCGUCGCGGGUUAUCACAGCUACCUGCAAGACAUCGCACCGUCUCGAGCCGGCGCAAUUCUGGGCUUCACAAACACCGUUGGUGUCGCCGCGAGCAUCUUCGCGAAUAUCGUGACCGGCGCGAGCGUCGAGGCGACGGGAGCGUUUUCGGAGACUUUCAUGCUUACCGCCGCUAUGUACGCGUCGUCAUGUUUGGUCUGGAACUAUUUUUUGAAGGGUAAAGUACUCUUUCCGUGA